CCCGUAUACCGUACGUAGCUCCAAGUCACGAUCGGUUGACACUGCCAUAAUUUCUUUGCCCAACUUAUCGAGACGACACGCUUGAAAUUACCUGCGCAAAAUGACUCAAAAUCUCCCCGCCGACUUCUUCAUCUUCACAUCCAUCCGUUACGAACCCUCCCUCCGCGACGCCACCGUCAAUCUCCCCUACUACCUGCUGCCGUUUCAUCUUGCUCGUCUGCGCACAGCGGCAGCCGCCUUUGACCUCCCAAAGGUCCGCGAGAUCCUGGAAGACGAGGAAUCGGCUCUGUCGCUGCUUACAACAACCGUCAACAAUGCCGUACCCGACAAGACCAAGCCCUGGCGCGUCAACGUGCGGCUCACGCCCGGCGGCCACGUCGCCGCCUCCGCCACUUCCCUCCCGCCGCUGAAGAACAACAUCAUGAGUCUCCCAGACGUCGAGGCGUUGCCUCAGUUUCUGCAGAAAGAGGUUGGCCGCCGCGGGCUGACGUACUGGGAUGUGGUUGUCGACUCUCUGCCCACGCCCGCGUCGCUCUUCACCGGCCACAAGACCUCCGUCCGUGACAUGUACAACGCCGCCCGAGCGAGAGUCGGCCUCGUGUCCUACGACGAGCCGCGGGAAAUUCUGCUCUGGAAUGAGAACGGCGAGGUUACCGAGGGCAGCAUCACGACUGUGUACCUGUGGCGUGAGGCUUCAGGGUCCGGGGCGCGGCGAUUGGUGACGCCGCCGCUGCAGUGCGGCCCCAACGCCGGCUCGACGAGGCGCUACGCGCUGAGCAAGGGGUUGUGCGACGAGGAGGCCGUCAAGCUCGAGGAGCUCAAGGACGGGGAUGAAAUCUGGCUGAGCCACGCGAGCGAUGGCUUCUUCCCCGGUCGCCUACGGUUUCUCAACAAGUAAUGAAUGGUUCUGCGUGGACUGGGACUUUCAAUUUAGCACUGAAAAUAAUGGGCUUGGAGAGUUUGGAGCUUGUCAGUGAUCAUUUCGCUCCAGCCACGGCGCAGCAGCCUUCAUCAGCUUCUCAUGCACCGUCCUGUCCCCUGCCCUGUCUAGCACGCCCUCGUAGACGUCCUCGCCAACGCGGCGCGUGAACUCCAGAAACGCAAUCCACGCAAAGUCAGCGUAGCACGGCUCCUUGCCCUGCAGAAACGGUCCGUCGCUGGCUUUCUCCGCGUACAGGGACGUGAUGUCUCGCAGAGGCUUC